UUUCCAGGGAGCUCCCCCUGUCCCUCCCCGUCAGAUCACUCUCACAAAUUAAGAUGUCUGCAGCGGCCGAGGGCGGUAACGGACCCGGUCCCGGUUCGGGACCCUCUAACCCGCGGAAGUUUAGCGAAAAGAUCGCUCUGCACAACCAGCGACAGGCGGAGGAGACCGCCGCCUUUCAGGAGGUCAUGAUGGACAUCUCUUCGACCCGGUUACAAGCCCAGAAGGUGCGGCUGGCCCGGUGUCAAGGCACCUACUAUGGGGGUUCCCUUCCUAACGUCAACCAGAUCGGGAACAGCACCAGCGAAUUCCAGGGCCCUUUCCAUUUAAACCUGGAUUCGGCUCGCGGCGCGCGGCACCAUGGCCUGCUGGACAGAGCGCCCCGGGAUCGCCGGCUCAUGCCUCCCCUGCGGCACUACCGCCGGCAAAUUGACAGCUCCCCCUACAGCUCAGCGUAUUUAUCACCGCCUCCCGAUACCAGCUGGAGAAGGAAUUUGCAAUGGCCCAGCAACUUUCCAAUGGACAAAGGACAAUUGUUCAGACUGCCUUCCUCCGCUCUCAACAGAACAAACUCUGACUCUGCACUGCACACCAGCGUCAUGAACCCCAAUGUCCAGGACUCUUUCAACUGCGGCCCAGGGCUGGCACCCCAAAAUAGGAGAAGCGGAUUGGCAGAUGCUGAAGGUGGCAGAAUGUACCCCUACCCAGUGCCCCCCAUAGAGGAGAACAUGCUGGAUGAGAGGAAGCAGCUACUGAAGCCCUGGGACACGAAGAAGUUUCCGAUCCUGUCUUCUCGACCGAAGUCCUGUGAAGUACCUGGCAUCAAUAUCUUCCCGUCUCCGGAGCAGCAUUCCAGCAGCGCCCUCAUCCCGUCCGCUCUGAACACGGGGGGCUCUCUGCCAGACCUGACCAGCCUGCACUUCCCCUCCCCCCUGCCCACCCCCCUGGACCCCGACGAGCCCCCCUUCCCCAGCCUGAGCGGGGGCAGCAGCACGGGCAACUUGGCCAGCACCCUGACCCAGCUGGGCUUCGGAGUGGAGUCAGCCUUCCACUCGCAGGGGCCGUCAUCAUUACAGGGUUCCUUUAGCAACCCCUCCCUCCAGUCGUCGCUAAGCAACCCCAACAUCCAAUCCUCUCUCAGCAGCCUGCCCUUCCAGACUUCCUUUAGCAACCCCUCAUUGCAGUCCUCCCUCAAGUCCUCCCUCCAGUCGUCGCCUAGCAACCAGUCCCUGCAGUCAUCUCUUAGCAACGCCUCCCUACUCUCCUCUGUCAGUAACUCCUCCCUCGGAAGUCUGUCCAUCCAAUCGACUGCCAACAACCCCAGCUACAGCAGUGGGGUUGGCUCCUCCUCCUCUUCCUCCUCCUACUCUCCAAUGAUGAUGCAGAGCCAGCAGCAGCCUCCGGCGGUGUCACUCAGCACGUCGCCACGGAGACGGGCUCCGCUGAGCCCCCUGCUCCUCCCACUGGGCGGAGAUUUGCGGCGGCACCACCCCAAACAGUUCUCUCCUACCAUUUCCCCCACGCUGUCCUCCAUCACACAGGGGGUUCCCCUGGACACCAGUAAACUGCCACCAUACUCCUACAGCCAAACACACCCGCCUUUACCAUCCCAGCAGCCAAUGCAGCAGCAGCCUUCCCAACAGCCUUUGCAACAUCCCCAGCAAUCCUUGCAACAGCAGUUACAACAGCAGAAUCAACAGCAACAACAAAGGCAGCAGCUGCAGCAGCAGAAUCAUCAGCAGCAACAGCAGCAGCAGAAUCAUCAGCAGCAACAGCAGCAGCAGAAUCAUCAUCAGCAGCAGCAACUGCAGCAGCAGAAUCAGCAACUGCAGCAGCAGAAUCAGCAGCAGCAACUGCAGCAGCAGAAUCUGCAGCAACAACUGCAGCAGCAGAAUCAGCAGCAGCAGAAUCAGCAGCAGCAACUGCAGCAGCAGAAUCAGCAGCAGCAGCAGAAUCAGCAGCAGCAACUGCAGCAGCAGCAGAAUCAGCAGCAACUGCAGCAGCAGCAGAAUCAGCAGCAACUGCAGCAGCAGCAGAAUCAGCAGCAACUGCAGCAGCAGCAGAAUCAGCAGCAACUGCAGCAGCAGCAGAAUCAGCAGCAACUGCAGCAGCAGCAGAAUCAGCAGCAACAACUGCAGCAACAGAAUGCGCAGGAGCCAAUGCAACAGCAACAGUUUCACUAUCAGAAUCCGCCCCGAACGCCUCAACUCAGUCAGUCCCUCGUCUGUGAUUUAAAUCUGUACAAUGAGUCGUCUCUGCUGAGCUCUCUCUUAGACGACCCCUAUCUGGGGCUGCAGCUGACAGCCAGGCAGACUCAAGCUCUCUCCCAACAGCUGGAGCAGUUCAACAUGGAGAGUCCUGCGGGGAGCCUGUCUCUCAGUAAUAACAGCAGCGGAGGAGGUGGCUUCCCGGGGGAGCUGCACGGCCAGACCUUCUCCCCGGCGGAGUCGGGCAGGCAGGGGGGCAGCCACAGCAACCUGCAGGACCCCCAGCUCCUGAACAAACAGAAGCAGAGCUGCACAGGGGGGCGCCAUGGCAACGUGCCCAGCAUCAUCCUCACAGGGGACUCUCCUCCAGGGCUGUCCAAGGAGAUCGCCAGCGCUCUGGCUGGGGUGCCUGGCUUCGAAUUCGGCCAUUUCAGCCUGGAUGAUGCCCUCAGGAUGGAGCCCCUGGCCCUGGAGGGGCUGGGCAUGCUGGGGGAGGCUGACCUGGUGCUGCCAGACCCCUCCGUGGAGGAGUCCUUCCGAUCGGACCGGCUCAAGUGACAGAACCAGCAGCACUGAAAGACCCAUUCAGACAGUCGGUUAGAGACCUGCACACUCACUCCUGGCUUUCAGAACUAAACCUUAUAUUUAGCAUUUUAUUUUUCAGGGCUCACUAAACCGCUCGCCUCAUGACAGCCACUUUCAGCUUCUGAGUCGUUUCUGACCAGCCGUGCUGACGACACGUUGGGAUCGAGAGGGGCGGAGAUAUACAAAGUCAAAGUUGCUGAUCUUGAACCUUUGGCAAGUCUCCAAAGGAUCCCAGGGAUUAGCAUCCACAGUAUGGCUAGGUAACCCCUUCCAUCCCCUCCUCCCCUCUGUGUGUGAAGAAGAGUCUGCGACCCACUAAGACCAUCUGUGUUGUCUGGUCCUGGUUUCUGUGCCGCACUUAAAGCACUGGUCAGCUGUGUUUUAGGUGUCAGGUAUUCAUUUGCUGUGAUUUCUUAGCUUGGAUAUCUCUGCCCCGACUGCAUUUGGUCAACUGUUGGUCAGACGCCAAGAUUAAAUAGAAAAUGAUCAAGCAGCUAAGCCAUGUUACACAACGUGUUUGGUUGUUUUCAUGACGUUUUCAAUCUCAAAAUAAUUCAUUUAUUAGGGUAUUUUGGGAGCCCCUUAUUUAAAGGGGCCAGGAUUUUGAACACUGUUAAAUGUUCUUCCCCUAUAACUGCAUGAUAAACUCCCAGCAGUAAACCUACAGUGAGGCUUAUUCAUGCUGUGAUGAGGAGUGCGGUCAGUCCAGGUUUAGCAGGGGUCUGAUUGCUCUUAGGUACUUGGGCCUUUCAAUAAUCUAUCUGAACAAGGGGAGUUCUGAACCCCAGGACUGGGUGCAGCAGCAGCAGGGCCAGUGUGAGUUUAACCCUGCAUUUACUGUAAAUGUACUAGAUUACAGGUUCACUUGUGUAACUAGAGUUCCCUGUAAAGCUAUGGGCCUUUUUCACAUUUGGUUUGUUUGGAACAUAAAUUCAGUUUUUAAAAGUACAUCGAGUAGAAGUGAACUGGUUUUGCUGGUUUCGCUUCCACAUUUUUCCGAAUUGAUUUUGCUUUCACAUUGCACUGUGAUUAUUCGGUUUGAUUAAAACAAGCCCAUGAAUCAAACUCUGCCUGGCCACUUUGUCAGGGCGUAUCUACCCACUUUGAUGAAAAUACACAUGUAAAUGAGACCAUUUGCACUGAUUCAAUGUCAACUAUGACCGUUUGUUCAGGGUUGUAGAAUUGUAGUUGGAAAUCUACACAAUUGAACCUUUUCUGUACUGCAUAAAUAUUCAAAUUGAAGCUGUCCGAAUGUUGUUCAGUGCCACUGUGUUUGAACUGUGAAAGGGAUCCCAUUAGUGAUUUUCUGUUCAUACACCACCCCCAAUCGACAAUGCCUACCACGUACUUCUAAAAUCUGUAUAACUUCUGUAGCUUGGUGGUUUAGAAAGAAAGUGCUGGGCUGCAGUGGGUUUGAGUGGCUCAGUGAGUGCUGGGCUGCAGUGUGGAAAUGAAGCUGGUUCCAGCUCUUGUAACUCCUAUUAAGAGCUUUGAUGUGAAGAAUUGUAGUUGAUGUUGUCAGGAUGAGCCGAGUGCAGACAGGACUGCGUUUCGGGGGUGAAUCCGGGGUGCAGACCCCUAACCCAGGGGCCUCUUCAUACAACAAGCCUGUAUUCCACAGGUCUGUCCUUUUAUAUACCUGUAUGGAAUUGAUUUCCUGUUUCCUGUCCACCAGCACUUUCUAUGAGAACACAUAGCGAUACUGAUCAAAGCCCAGCCCUGUGUUUUUUAUUCAGUGUUUGAUGGGGUUGUUUCCACUCUGCUCUUUGGAGCAGUGAGUCCAAGCGUCCUAAUGUUGCACUGAUUUGAUGCAGGCUCUAGGUGCUCCAGUCCCACUUCUGGCCACCAGGUGUUGCUGUUGAGCAGCAAAAAGAAAAGUAGUCGGGCCUGGUUUUGUGUAUUUUUUUUUGUUUUUUAAUGUUGUAUUAUUUUGGUUAUCUGUAAAAUAAUGUUAAAGUGAUUGAUUUGAAGCCAUUGGUGAGAGUACAUAGCACUUUGCUUUACUAUUCGUUCUAUUCUUGCUGGUCCCCCUUGACAUUUGUUGAUCUGUUUGUUUGGACCUUUGCUAUCAGUUUAUAUCAUUCUUUGUUGAAUCCCUUACCGUGUUAUUGGAGAGAAGUUCAGGGUGCAGCAGCAACUAUAGUGUAGUAACAUCUGCAUAGGAGCCCCCACACUGUACUCGUCUCUCACCAGAAUAACAGUAUUCCUCAUGGCUCCUGCAUAACCAGUAAAAACAAACUCUGCUGUAUAUGCAGGUGCAUUCUCACAGUAUAACCGUAAUGCAGCUCGCAGACUCGUCCAGAUAGAAUCGCUGCAAAGAGCAGAAGAGAAGUGAAGAUACCCAGGCUUCGCAGCACAGGUGUGAGGCUGUUCUCUUCAUGCUCAGAUCAUUUAUACUGAAACAGCAGACAACUUUAUUCUGAAUGGAUUAUUAAUGCAGCCCACUGAAAGCUACAGUAACACAGCGUUUCAUUGUCUUAUUCACAGCUCUGCUAAAUGUAACACUUUAUUUUCAUUUAGGGUGAAGUGUACUUUGAUCAUGGUGUUGGAGGAAACUGUCAGCGACUCAGAACACAAGUUUCAGUGCCUCAGUUUGUUUAGCAGAGGCUGCAGUGGGAUAGCCUGCUUGUUAUAGUGGUUUUGUUUCAAAAAGUUAUUUACAGUUUUCAAAUUUAGGUAACUUGUACAAACUCCUAAGAUGUGUAGUUAUGAUUUGUAACAGUGGAAGCUGAUGUGUGCAGUGUCAUGUGAACUGGAGACAAACCCAAUAGUGUGUGUGUUAGGGUUCAAAUCCUUUGUUCUGGUUUUGCUACACAUAUUCUAGGGUACCGCGUUCAGUCUAAAAUUCAAAGUAUAAAAUGCAAAGAACCGAAAGCUCUUGGACAGAAGAAAGAGGGAUCCAGUGAUCAUAUCCCUUGGUCAGCACUCCCUUAACAAUGCUAUAGAGAUGCAGGUGGAAAUCCCAUUGUACAGAGAGCAGCUACAGAGAAAUAUCAGGUUAGCAUGCAUUAAGGACACAGUCAACUAACAAGGAAGUAUUUCAACUUUUCCGUUUUAAAUUAACAAACGCAUCCUUUCUUUACUUUGCUUUUAGGGAUAAUGUGUACAAAAUGGCCAUAAAUGUAUGCUUUGUGAUUGUAUAUAUUUUUCUACAUGUAUUAUUGUUGAAUUAUGCUUUGAGGGGGAACACAACAGAGCAUAAUUUCAUGGAAGGUUUUUACUAGAUAUUUUUUUUAAAAAAGGGUUUUAAACUAACAAGGAAAUAAUUCACUUGUAAAUAUUGAAGCGGGAGGUGUAUUCUAAAAACCUAACAAAGUAUAUAUAUAUAUAUAUAAAAAAACUUGUUUUAGAUAAAGCUUGUGUAUUCACAAUGUUUUAUGAGAAAAAAAUAAAAGUUUAUUUUUAGUGAUAUCAAAAAAGCACUUACAACUUUGAAUGGUGUUCUCUGAUUGGUCUAGUGGGAUGUUUCACAUGCCCCACCUCCUGUUGCUAAUUGGAUGCAAUUAAAGGGAAGUGAUGUCAAACCUACUGUGGUUCUGGGAGGGAUAAUUACUGAUUGAAAGAAUCAGUAGCUCACUAUAUUAGACCAUUUUUACUGUGGAGUCAAUGUACCCUACAACCCCAGAAUCAGCCCUAACCUAAAGAGCAGCUUCAAAAUACUUGAGUUGCUGCUGCCCCCUUUACCUUUGUAUGAUGUGUGCAGUUAUCCUGAGUGCUUCUUGCUGCAGUUACUCAAACUCUGGACUUUAAUCUGUGUUGCUUGUACCUGAGUCCAGCAGCAGCUCUUCAGAUCUACUGGACUGUGACGGGUCUUUUAUGAGCGACAGAGCCAUCUAGUGGUCAGAUCUGUGUUGCCAGCAAUGUGUUAUGAAACUUACCGAUCACUAGGUGGCGCUGGCUUCUUACUUUGGCUGAUCUAGCUUUGCAUAAGUCUACAGCAGGCAACUAGAACUGAAGAGCAGCUCCUGGGCACAGGUGAAAGCACUUUGACACAGACUUAAACAACACAGUAUUUGAGCAAUUGCAAAAAGAGCCACACACAAGGAUUACAAUAUCAUAAAAUGGUAAGGGACUAUAUGUAUGUGUAUGUACCAUAGCAUAUUCAAAACUAAAGUGAUUCUUGCCAAUCAGAUUAAUGAGGAGUCUUGUUCUCCUAUAGAAGUCGAUGGUAGAGCCUCAUCAUUUUUCAUUCAUAACACAGUAACUCUUUUAAACAUCCUUAACCUUUUACAAGAUUAGCAUGCCAGGUCUGAAACUAUGAGUGACACUUGCUACACAAACUUGCUUAGAUGUGCACGCCUAUGCAGUCCUCUGCACUCCUAUGCACCCCUCUGCACUCAUAUGCAGUCCUAUGCACCCCUCUGCACUCCUAUGCACCCCUCUGCACUCCUGUGCAGUCCUAUGCACUCCUGUGCAGUCCUAUGCACCCCUCUGCACUCCUCUGCACUUCUGUCCUUCCUGUGCAGUUGUGUGGUGUUAAUUAGUUGUGUAUUGCCCGUGUUUCUAUUUUUGCAGUAUUUCACACUGUCCAAGGGUACUUUCAAGCCACACGAAAGCAUGUAGCCCCAAUAUUGUCUGCCUGUUUAAAGACUUAACAGACAAAAUCAACUGAAUGAAGUGUUUUCAGCAGUAGUGGUGUAGUGGCACCAAAAAUAAUUUCAACAGUUUUCAGACUACUUUAUAGGCUUCUCUGAACACGUAAUGGAUUUUGUACCAGUACACGUGUUGUGAAUCCUUGUAUCUUGUUUUGAAAAAAUGCCUAACUUAAAAUCAAAGUUCAGUUUCUAAUUUAUUCAAAGUUUCUAUAAUAGACAUUUAAAUAUCAUUGCCUGCCUUGAAAUGAAAACAGUACAUGUCUAUUCUUAAUUGGUCUCGAAUGCAGUCAAAAAUACAUUAACAAUACUGUAUGUAGGUGUUCUGUAAAGCCUACUAGCACUUCCUGGAAUUCAUUAAACUCGCUCUUAUCACAAAAUAAAUACCAAAAAAAUGGAUUUGUUUCAAGGCAAUAUGGAUUCCUGAUUCAACAUGCAUGGUUGGGUGGCCUUUCAAAGUUAGGGGAACUGUCCUGGAAUCAUUUCUGGUGCAACAGCCACUAGGGGGGCGCUGUAUGGCAGCUGUUUGGAUUUUUUGACAGUGUUGUAACGGCACAGGCCGGCAGUCUGUAAGAUGAAAUAUUUACUGUGGAAAUCGUUUAGUGGAACUACCAUUUAAAAAAAAAAAAAAAAAAAAAACUUCCACAGUGGAGAUUUCCUAUUUGGCAGGACCGGCGUCCUUUUUUUGUUUCAUCUUCUGUAUCAGUGAUAUUUUAUUUAUAUUUUCUAUUGUGACAACGUCUAUAUUACAGGAUUGUACAUGUGGUGCACAGCUGCAGUUUGUUAUUCCUAAUGUGUGAAGAAUAGCGGCCAUUAUUCUGGCUGUAGUCUUGAGUAUCUGCAGUAGAAGUCUAGAAUUACGCCUCCUUUUACACUCCAUGAAAGGGCAUUGUGUUUUAAUUGUAAAUAAAGUAAUUGUCUAUACAUAUAUAAAUAUAUUUUUUGUAAAGAAAUGCACUCUGCUUGUAUAACUUUGUCCUUUUUUUUGUUAGCUACCAAUUAUUUUGUAUUGUUUUAAUAAAAUGCAGUGAAAUGGA